CCAUAAGCAGUCGCCGGAGUGAGAAGUGUGAAAAGCAUAUAUUGAAAACAACGGCAAUAUGUUCUCCAGCAGCUGGAUUCUAAACCGGUGGGCAUCGGCAAGAAUGCACCUUCUGGUGGUAAUUAGCUCGGCGCUUUUGCUAUUAAUGCUGAUGCGUGUACCGGAAGCUUCCGGUGAAGAGUCGCCGGCGCAAGAUUUCGAAGUACGAUAUCUAUCCGGAGAGCCGGACUACAAAUCAGUCAACCUUACCUGGGAGGUGGAAUCGCUAGACGGUAGCGAACAACGGGAUGAGCAGCAUCGGCAGCACAAAGCAGCUCGCGGAGGCCGCCAGCAGCGAUCGUUCAACGUGUACUACUGUGAAAUACAGAACUGGGGACCCCACCGGUGUCGAUCCAAGACACUGACCGACAAUUCCGAGGAUAGCGGGAGCAGUAAGCAGUAUACGAUGACGGUGAAGAACCUAAGGAUGGCUACGAAAUAUUCUUUCCACGUGAAGCCUCAAACCAAACCAGGUGAUCAGAAGAUCAGUGGACGAUCGGAACAUGACGAAGAUGAGUUCGAUGGUAACUCAAUCAAUCUCGGUCAGACGGUCAUCAUUCCAACGAAGGGAUUUUCCGCCCACGCAACCCAAUGCCUGCCGCACGCUUCGGAGAUUGAGGUCCAAACGGGACCAUACUUUGGUGGCCGUAUUAGUUCGGAAAAUGGCCAUUGCAGCAUUCAAGGUGACGCCAACAGUCUACAGGACAUUUACGUGAUGCGCAUCGAGCACGAAAACUGCGGCAGCCAUGUAAGCCCUGAGGAUCUGACCGUUGAAACGUACAUUACAGUGCAGGAAAAUUUGGGAAUUUUGACCCACAGCACUAGAAGGUUUGUAGUGGUUUGCACUUUCCAGCCGGAUACGUUGACUGUCAGAGCCCGGCUGGCUUUGCCCGGAAAGGGACGAGGCGGUGCGGCUCCGGUUCCGAUGACUGAUUACUGGCCGGCUACUGGAAGGAAUGCUCGUGUUAGACAAUUCAACAUGGUGGACAAGACCAGCUUGGUCCUCAAGGCUUCCGACGAGGAGGAAGUUGAAGAUAUUCUUCCAGCGCAUGUCAAGGAGGUUGAAGAGAAUGAUGUCAUUGGGCAGGUCGAUCAGGAAGUGUUCACAGAGAGCAGCUCGGUUACCGAUCGGCCAUCGACCAAGCAAGAACUGAAUUCCAAAGAGAACGAAAUUGCUGAAAGAAAGGGAAACAGGCGACGAGCUGAUAAAAGUGAACCCCUCCGCGAUGCCAAGUAUGCGAGGCUGUUUGAAACGAAGACUGCUGCUGGAGACAAUGAUGUAGGAGUAAGCGAAAUGUCUACCGGAGCAGGAGAAGAAGAGUUCAGCUCCAGAGCUUCUGUUGGAAGCAACGACCGAUCCGUGGACCUUCCUAGUCUGCUGAUUUCCGCUUGUCUCGCUGUGAUAAUGAUAGGUGCUUUCGUGUACGUGUUGCUGAAGGAAUACAAGAAACAGAGGAUAAUCCAACAGCACCAUCAACAUCAGCAAACGCAACGACCGCCGAAUCGGAUGGCAGCGUUUUGAAAUUCGACAACGCAGAUAAGUGGUGUUUUUUCGCGAUAAGUGAUAGCUAUAGAUUACGUAGUUAUAGGCAUAAUUUUAUUUAACAGUAACCACGACUGGUAAAGCUAACGGUAAGUUUUAAACUUUAUAGAAGAAAAAGUUAGACCACUAUCUCUGGAAAGAGCGUGAAUCUAUGCUCUUUUGUUUUAUUGAAAUGCUAGCCUUUGAAAUAUGUUGGACACUAGCUUUCAAUAUUCUUCACAAGAGGUAUUAAUUUCAAUUUCUCGAAAACGACUGAGCAUAAGUCUCACCCAAUGCUAGGAUUCUACUCCAAUUUAUCUAAGACAUUAACCUACCUAUAUUGCAACGCAACUUGAA